CUCAUAUUUACUCGAGACAGAAGUGACCAGCGUGCAGCAAAAGCCUGUUGCAUCACCUGCCAGAUCCCUGCAGGUGUCCAUUUUCAGGCUGUCAAACCCAACUCGAGCCACUAGCCGUCUUUCGUCAUAGGAAGACCUUUGUUUGCGACGGAGCGACUUACACCUCCAUCGCACUUCGUCCUUGCUCCGCCCCGUCCGCUCGAGCUUCGUCAACACCUUGCUCUGCUCGACUAGUGUCGAAAAACAAACAGACACCAUGCCGGUCGUCACUCCAGAGAAGCUUGCACAGCUGCAGCAACACUCUGACGACAUCAGAAAUAUCUGCAUCCUGGCACAUGUCGACCAUGGAAAGACAUCCUUGACCGACGCCCUGCUCGCCACAAAUGGCAUCAUCUCACCAAAGCUAGCUGGCAAGAUCCGGUUCCUGGAUUCCAGGCCGGACGAGCAGAUCAGGGGCAUUACCAUGGAGUCGUCGGCCAUCUCGCUAUUUUUCUCCAUGCUCAGGAGGCCAGCACCUGACGCGGCUCCAGUCCCCAAGGAGUACCUUAUCAACCUGAUAGAUUCGCCCGGCCAUAUCGACUUUAGCAGCGAGGUCUCUGUAGCCUCACGUCUUUGCGACGGUGCUGUCGUGCUGGUUGACGCUGUCGAGGGAGUUUGCAGUCAAACCGUGACGGUCCUGAGACAAACGUGGACCGAAAAGCUGAAGCCGAUAUUGGUCAUCAACAAGAUUGACCGCCUGGUCACCGAGCUGAAGAUGACGCCUGGCGAGGCUUACUUACAUCUUAGCAAGCUGUUGGAGCAGGUCAAUGCCGUGCUCGGCAGUUUCUUCCAGGGAGAGCGAAUGGAGGAGGACUUGAACUGGAGAGAACGGAUGGAGGAGCGUGUUGCAGCUCUGGCAGCCAAGGAGGCCGCCAUUGCUGAUCAGACAACCGAGGCGGGAGAGCUACAGUUCGAGGAGCGGGACGACGACGAGCUGUACUUUGCUCCAGAAAGGAACAACGUCAUCUUCAGUAGUGCCAUCGACGGCUGGGCAUUUACCGUCCGUCAAUUUGCUGCGCUAUACGAAAAGAAACUGGGCAUCAAACGCAGCAUCAUGGAGAAAGUCUUGUGGGGUGACUUUUACCUCGACCCGAAGACGAAGAAGGUGCUUGGCCGCAAGCAUCUCAAGGGCAGGAAUCUGAAGCCCAUGUUUGUUCAACUUGUGCUAGAACAAGUCUGGGCCAUCUACCAGGCUUCCACCGGUGGGGAUAAUGGGAGAGGUGACCCUGUCCUUCUCGAGAAAAUUACUAAGUCUUUGGGAAUCUCGAUACCUCCUCAUGUAGCAAGGUCCAAGGACCCUAGGCUGAUGAUGACGACCCUCUUCGCCUCAUGGCUACCGCUAUCUACAGCGCUGCUGGUAUCGGUAGUAGAAUCUCUCCCAUCCCCUAAGACCGCACAGGCGGAAAGAAUGCCAGAGCUCCUCAAGAGCUCGCCAGGCUUCGAACACAUUGACAAGAAUAUCCAAAACGCCAUGGUUGAUUUCAAGACAGCCAAGUCCGAACCCGUAGUGGCAUACGUCAGCAAGAUGGUUUCGGUGCCUGAAAGCGAGCUGCCCCAGAACAAGCGGCGUGCUGGUCAGCUCAGCGCGGAAGAGGCAAGAGAGCUUGCUCGGAAGAAGCGGGCAGAGCUGGCGCGCGCGCAGGCCGCGGAGACAAACGGUGGUGACGAUUUGACAGCAGCGCUCGACAACUUCUCCAUCGACAACCAUGUUCCCGAGCUUGAAGAGAAGGAAGCUGACCCGGAGCACCUGAUUGGAUUUGCGAGGAUAUUCUCUGGCACUCUGAACGUCGGCGACACGAUUUACGUGAUACCGCCCAAGUUCUCGCCUGCCGACCCCCACGCCGCCCCGCAACCACAGCAAGUCACCGUCACUUCUCUUUACAUGCUGAUGGGUCGGAAUCUUGAGUCCCUUGACUCUGUCCCUGCGGGUGUGGUCUUUGGCAUCGGCGGGCUGGAUGGCCGCAUUUUGAAGUCUGGCACGCUCUGUAGCCAGCUUGAAGGAGCAGUGAACCUCGCGGGUAUCAACAUGGCCGGGAACCCUAUCGUCCGGGUAGCCCUGGAGCCCGUCAAUCCUGCCGACUUGGACAAGAUGAUUGAAGGCCUACGCCUUCUGGUACAAAGUGAUCCUUGCGCCGAGUACGAGCAAUUUGCAAGUGGCGAGCACGUGCUGCUGACUGCCGGAGAGUUGCAUCUCGAGCGGUGUCUCACGGACUUGAAAGACCGCUUCGCAAAGUGCGACAUCCAAGCUGGCGCACCCAUUGUCCCUUACAGGGAGACGAUCGUCAGAGCAGAAGAGAUGAAGCCUCCUGCGAACAAGGAUCUGGGCCGGGGUGCUGCUGUGGGCACAACGAGCUCCAAGCAGGCUACCAUCACAGUGAGAGCUCGUCCUCUUCCGGCUGAGGUGACCGAGUUCCUGCUUAAGCACUCGGGUUCCAUCAAACGCUUGUACUCGGAGACCAAGACCGAGAAUAACACACAGGAAGAAGACAGCAACGGUGAGAUCGACAAGGUCGAGGCGGACGUGCUUGCCGAGGAAGGAGGAGUGACCCUCUCCCCGGAGGAGCUCAAGACAGAACUUCAAAGAGUUCUCGAAAAGGGCAAGGGCAAGGAAGCAUGGAAGGGCAUCAUCGACAAGAUCGCCGCAUUUGGCCCGCGCCGGAUAGGUCCAAACCUGCUCAUCGACGCGACCAAGGACGGCAUCUUUCCAAAGGUUUUCAGCGAGGUCACGACAGACAAGGACACCGCAACGGGCGGCGCAAGCAUCGCGGCCGACGAGAAGCUCAAGGCCGAGCACCUGUGCGACAAGAUCACCUACGGGUUCCAGCUCGCCAUGAACCAGGGCCCGCUGUGCCACGAGCCGGUGCAGGGAAUCGCCGUGGUCAUCGAGGACGUGGUCAUCAACUCGACCGGCGGCGAGGAGGAGGCUUCGGCACGCGACAGCCUGGGGAGACUGACGGGUGAGGUCAUCAAGACGGUGCAGCAGUCGAUACGGCAAGGAUUCCUCGACUGGUCGCCCCGGCUCAUGCUCGCCAUGUACUCUUGCGAGAUCCAAGCCAGCACCGAAGUACUAGGUCGCGUGUACGACGUCCUCACCCGGCGCCGAGGCCGCGUCCUCUCGGAGCAAAUGAAGGAGGGCACGCCCUUCUUCACGAUCCAGUCCCUGCUCCCCGUGGCCGAGUCGUUCGGCUUCGCCGACGAGAUGCGCAAGCGCACCUCGGGCGCCGCCCAGCCGCAGCUCAUCUUUGCCGGGUUCGAGGUCCUCGACCAGGACCCCUUCUGGCAGCCUUUUACCGAGGACGACCUCGAGGACCUGGGCGAGCUGGCGGACAAGGAGAACGUGGCCAAGCGAUACAUGGACGGCGUGCGGAGGAAGAAGGGCCUGCUGGUCGAGGGCGUCAGGGUUGCUGCCGAGAAGCAAAAGACGCUGAAGAGGUAGUAGUAGGCUGGCCAGCCAGAGAGCCAGCCAGGCAAGUGUCAGGACAGGAUGAAAAGAAUACAAAAGAUUUUGUAGGGAAGAGAGGAGAUGCAAAGCAUGGAAAAUGAAGUUUCUUGAUGGUUUCAGUCCUCAAAGUAUAUGACACAUGAGCCGCUGGAUCGCGCGCAGUCAAGCAAUAAUCAUAGCAGCCCGCUUUGUCACUUACGAAUAGAGAAGACUCGGCAGUAGCGUGGGUGAGUGAGUGCAUACAGCCAAAGAAACUGCACAUUUGACACAAAGUCGUUGCUGGAGACCCCCUGCAGGAUAUGUACUCAAACUUGAUUCUGAAAUGCCCGAAAAGCAGUAUUUAGGACGCCAUUAGAUA